CGCCAAACGUCAACGUCAACCAUUCUAACCUUUAUUUAUAUUUAUGAAAGAAAUGUCUUUUUGAUUAAUAAAUUUUAUUAAUAACUCCAGUACAAACAUAGAGUUUUAGAUAUGCUGCGCCUGACCGUUUCGCGGGCCCUAAACGGGGCCAAAUCGAGCCCGACCUGUCUCUCCGUCGCCUCGCGCUACCAAAGCGACCAGAAGAAACCCGACAAAAUCGAAGUAUUCAUCGACGAUAAACCAGUAUUGGUGGAACCCGGUACGACCGUACUCCAAGCAGCCGCCAUGGUGGGCGUCGAAAUCCCCCGCUUCUGCUACCACGAGCGCCUGGCGGUCGCCGGGAACUGCCGCAUGUGCCUCGUCGAGGUGGAAAAAUCCCCGAAACCCGUCGCCGCCUGCGCCAUGCCCGUCAUGAAAGGUUGGCGGGUCAAAACCGACUCGGAGAUGACUCGAAAGGCCCGAGAAGGCAUCAUGGAGUUCCUGCUGGUCAACCACCCGUUGGACUGUCCGAUAUGCGAUCAAGGUGGCGAGUGCGAUUUGCAGGACCAGAGCAUGGCCUUCGGCUCGGACCGGUCGCGUUUCACCGACAUCGAUUUCUCCGGCAAACGAGCCGUGGAAGACAAAGACAUCGGUCCUUUGGUGAAAACCAUCAUGACUCGAUGCAUCCAUUGCACCCGGUGCAUUCGGUUCGCCUCCGAGGUGGCCGGUAUCAACGAUUUGGGCACCACGGGGAGAGGUAACGACAUGCAAGUGGGUACUUAUAUCGAGAAGUUGUUCAUGUCGGAGUUGUCGGGGAAUAUCAUCGAUUUGUGUCCGGUCGGGGCGCUGACGAGUAAACCUUAUAGUUUCACAGCCAGGCCUUGGGAGAUUCGUAAAGUGGAUUCGAUCGAUGUGUUGGACGCUGUCGGUUCGAAUAUCAUCGUGUCGACUCGAACGGGGGAAGUGAUGCGGAUCGUGCCGAGGGUUAACGAGGAAAUUAACGAAGAAUGGUUGGCCGAUAAGUCUCGAUUCGCUUACGAUGGAUUGAAAAGACAGAGACUGGUGACUCCGAUGUUGAGAGAUAACAAUGGAGAUUUGAAUCCGGUUGAUUGGGAAGCGGCUUUGAUAACGGUCGCGAAGGUUGUGAAACAUGCAGGCAACAGCAUCGGAGCGAUAGCCGGCGGAUUCGCCGACGCCGAAGCCCUGAUCGCCCUGAAAGACCUCCUCAACCGAUUGGGCUCGGAGCACCUCUGCACGGAACGAACGUUCCCGCUCGACGGAUCCGGCACCGAUCUCAGAUCGAGCUAUUUGCUGAACAACAAAAUCGCCGCUGUGGAAGAGGCCGAUCUCGUCUUGUUGGUCGGCACGAAUCCCCGAUUCGAGGCCCCCUUGUUGAACGCCAGGCUGCGCAAGGCUUGGGUGCACAACGAAACCGAUGUGGCUUUGAUUGGACCUCAAGUGGAUUUGACUUAUCACUACGAACAUUUAGGAGACGAUCCGAAUGUAUUGCGGAAAAUCAACGAAGGAGACCACGAAUUCGCUGAUAAAUUAAAACGCGCUAAAAAACCUUUAAUCAUAAUCGGCGCUGAAUUGUUGGAAAGAAAAGAUGGCGGCGCUUUACUUUCGACCGUUCAAAAUCUAUCCACCAAAUUGAAUUCGAACGAGGAUUGGAAGGUGCUCAACGUGCUGCACAAAGUCGCCAGUCAAGUGGCCGCUUUGGAUAUCGGCUACAAUCCGGGCAUCGAUAAAAUCAAGAGCGCCGAUUUGAAGGUGCUCUACCUGCUCGGAGCCGAUGGGGAUCACAUCAACAAAGAGGAUUUACCGAAGGAUUGUUUCGUUAUCUACCAAGGGCAUCACGGUGAUCGAGGGGCCGCCAUAGCGGACGCCGUUCUACCGGGGGCUGCGUACACCGAGAAACAGGCCACCUACGUGAACACGGAGGGCAGGGCCCAGCAGACUUUGGUGGCCGUUUCGCCGCCGGGCAGGGCACGGGAGGAUUGGAAGAUUAUUAGGGCUCUGUCGGAGAUCGUCGGGGCCAAGUUGCCCUACGAUAAUUUGAAUCAGAUUAGGGAUCGAUUGGACGAAAUCGCGCCGCAUCUGACGCGAUACGGCAACGCCGAGAGCGCUAAUUAUUUCAAGCAGGCCGCGGAAUUGUCCAAGAAAACCGAAUCCGCUAUAGAUUGUAAGCCAAUAGAUGUGAAAAUUAAGGAACUGCAGGAUUAUUAUAUGACUGAUUCGAUUAGUCGAGCUUCACCCACAAUGGCUAAAUGCGUACAAGCAGUCUUGAAACAGAAACAGUCCGCUUGUAAUUAGUGUGAUAGUAUAGUGAAUUUACAACAAACAUUUUUGCUUUUUAGAUCGAUAAAUCUGCAAAAAAGAUGUUAUUAGAAAUAGUUAUUCAUACACGAUCCAACUGUUUUUCUUUUUUUUUUUAGGAUGAUUCU